GAAGGAUGAAUAGGAUCCUGUGCGUGUUUGGGGAGCGAUUUGCCCUCAUUCUAAAGCAGAGAGAUGUGCAAGGUCCCUGCGGUGGAAAAAAAGCACAAUGAGAAAGAACCCAAAGGGGAUCGGUAUGGUUGGAGCCCAGGCGCAGAGCUGAGCGGUGUGUGAGAGGGAGCCCGCCCCUCUGGGAGGCUUGGGUGCCCCUCCGAUGGCAUUUUUGCAGGGACUUGCAGAGUGCCUCCCUGACUCCUGCCUCUGUUCUCCCCUGUUACGGGAAAGAGAACAGCCACAGCAGCCAGACCCUGGCAACACGGAGUGACUGAGUGGCCCUUGGAGAGUGCGCAGGCUAGUGGAAGAGAUGAGACGAAGGAACCGUAGGCAGAAUGGGGUUGACUUGCCCUGAGACACAUACAGCCAUUCAUUUGACACGUAUUUAGCCAUCACCAUGUGGUGGGCAGUUGGCUUGGGGCUGAGGUUACAUGGCUGUCCAGAGGUGGCUUCCCAGGGAAAAGGGCUGUGUUUCCUAUGAACGCUGGAGUUUGCCAUGGGGUGCACCAGAGACCAGGGUUCAGAAGUCAGGUUUUGGGUAGCAUGGGAGCUCUGGGCUGUGAGCAAGUUAUUCAUUCCUGGUGUCUCUUUCCUAAACUCCACAGCCAGGGAGAAUAGAGCCUGUGGCUUUUGAUUUGCUGAUCUCUGUCAAGUUGCUAUUGUUGCUGUGGUUAAUUAAAAUAAGAGGUGAGUGGGUACUUUGUAUUUACUUUUGGUUUCCUUCAUUUGGGGAAAGGUAGGUAAGACUCAGCCCAUUUUAGGAGAACUGAAUUUUCAUCUUAGGCAUGAAGCCUAGGGUGUAAGGAGUAUAGUUUGGAUGCGAUUAUAAUACAUGAGACCUGUGACAGAAGCUGAUCCUUCACCGCCUGUCAGAUUCCACCCCGUACCCCUCUCCUCCUUGUUCAUUCUCUGCCUGGAGCCCUCCUGCCAGCUGUCUGCUUAGUUCUCUCUCUCUCUGCCUUCAGCUGUGCCAAGUGCCACCCUCUCUGCGAGGCUGUCCAGGCCACCGUUGCUGAAACCAUACCUCAGUGCCUCUCCAGCUCUGUCUUGGCUUGAAUAUAGCAUUGAUUAACUGGUAUUGGGCUACAUAUUUGUUUGUGACUUAUUAUUUACUUCCCCAAAAGAAGUAUGCCACCUCAGGGCACUUUUCAUUCUCUCCAGGCACCCCGGCUGCCACUGGCAGACCCAAGUUUUGCCAUCAGGACGGUGUGACAUGAUUCUUGCUGUCCACAAUGGACUUCCCCAGCUGCCUCCAGCCCACGCUGUUUCUGUCCGGCCCUCUCGGUCUGAGCGGUGUCCCUGAUUUGUCCUUUAUGUGCAGCUGGAGAGACCCGCUCUCCCUGUCAGAGUCCCCGUCCCACACCUCCGAGAGCAGGGUGCCCCACUUGCCCAAGAACCUGCUGUGGGAGCCAGAGAUGCCUGGGCCCCUUCCCUUGCUGCCCCCUGGUCCUGAUCGCUGGGAUCCAGGCAUAUCUGUGCGGGACCUGCUUUUCCGGGAAGGCUCUCGUUACCGGCGGGAGCCCCGGGCAGUGCUGGAUGUUACCGAACAGCUGAGUCGCUUCCUCUGGGACCAUGGGGACAUAGCCUUUGCGCCCCUGGGAAAGCUGAUGCUGGAGAAUUUCAAGCUAGAAGGAACACGGAGCCGCUCUAAGACGAAGACAGUGGUCAGUGUGCAGAAGAUACUCCAGGACCUCGGUGGACACCAGCCAUGGGGGUGUCCCUGGGCUUUCCUGAGCAGCCGCCAGCGUAGGUUCUCGAUCUUUGCGGGUGAGAUCCUGGGCAGGUCGGUGACCACCCUCCUGGGGGAGUUGCUGCACGAGGAACUGGCCAUGCGCUGGGGCCAGCUGCUGCUCAACGAUGCUUUCACGGGGGGUGCGCUGGCCUGGCUGCCUGGAAGGACACCCCAUGUUGGGCAGCUGGUCUACCCUUCGGGCAGCGCCCUAGACAGAUUAUCUUUCCAGGAGGUCCAUCUGACCCAAGGAGGUGACACCCAGGUCCUUGGUGACCCUGGCCACAUCCAGCUCCGGGGACCUGUGCGGCAGGUAGUGACCCGCACCGUGCAGGGAGAAUCUCUGCUGGCGGUUCGCUCUGACUACCACUGUGCCCUCUGGAAGGUCAGUAAGCAGGGGCGGCCGGCCCCUGUCCAGGUGCUGCAGGUCAAGAAGGGGGCCACCGGGAUCAAUCUGAGCCCUCACCUUCCUGGGGAGCUGGCCGUCUGCAGCCGUUCGGGAGCCGUCUGUCUGUGGACCCCCCAGGAUGGGCUACAGCAAGUCUACAAGGACCCUGACACCCUUGUGUUCCGGGACCCAUCUCCCUGGCGCUGGGCAGACUUCACCGCCCACCCGCGGGUGCUGACUGUAGGCGACCGCACUGGUGUGAAGAUCGUCGACACCCAGGGCCCUCCGGGCUGCGGGCUGCUGCUCUUCCGGGGCGGGGCAGAGGCGUCAUGCCAGAAAGGGGAACGGGUGCUCCUGAGCCAGUACCUGGGGGAGUCCGGCGCCGAGUCUCUGCACCCUACGCUCCAUCUCAUCUGUACCCAGUUCUCGCUCUACCUGGUGGACGAGCGCCUGCCCUUGGUGCCAAUGCUGAAAUGCAACCACGGCCUCCCCUCCGCUCCUCUGGUGGCCCAGAUAUUGCCUGCACCCUGGCCUGGCUGCCCACGGCCGCUGCUGCUGGGGGGCCAGGGUGGGCAGCUUCAGCUGCUGCACAUCGCAGGAGACGGGGCCUCCACACCCCAGCUGGCCGGGCCCCCCCAGUCUCUCCCUUCCCAGAGCCAUUCCCUCUCUGCUUUUCCCCUGCUGGAGCCCAAGAGUCAUCGGCGACUCCAGGAGCGGCUGAUGGCACCAACUAUAGGUCUCACCGCCAUCAUCCCACCCUCUGCCUCCCCUCCAGUCCUGUCUCUCUUCCAACUCUCUGAAGCUGGAGAUCUCUUCCACCAGCGCUUCCGCCUUCGGGAUGACCCUGGCUCUCAGGGAGAUCUGGGGCCCAACUCCAACAUACCCCCAGCUUCCUGGAGCCCACAGGCCCUGGCCUUCUGCAGCCAGUGGUUGAAAGAUCUGCUGGAAGUACCCAUAGCUCCCCCUGUGUGGGUUGCACCCACCUUUUCACACCGCCAGCUGCUGAGCUGCAGGGAGCAGCAGGAAGUUGAGGGGAGAGUACCCGAGGGUCUGCGGGCCGCCAUGGCUGCAGGUCGGCUCCUGCAGCAGAGUGAUCUGGGCUCUCUCCCAACCUCAGAGCCACCCCCUGCCCCUGACUCCGGUCCUGAGGAUGAGCUCAGUGAGCGUCUGGAGGCAGCCUGGGAAGGCCAGGUGGCUGCCUGGUGGCGGAGGCAGCAGGGUGGGAGUUUGGGGCCUGGCAAACAGCCCAAGAGGACCAAGCGCCGGACCCAGCUGUCCAGCACCUUCUCCUCACUCAGUGGCCGCUUGGACCUUUCUGACGCCAUCAGCCCCCCUCACAGCCCAGACCAGGCGCCCCUUGAAACCGGGCCUCAGCCCCCACUGACUCCACCCUCUCAGGAAUUCAGCCAGGAGCUUUGGGCCCAGGGUGUCCCCUCAGAGCGACAGCAGACCCUCCGGGACUAUAUGGCCAAGUUGCCACUCCAGGAGGACAUCCGGGGGGAUGCCUGUACACCCCCAUCCCAGACCUCGAGUGUCGGGGGCCCUCCUAGGCAUCAGAUCCUCCAGGACUACACACCUCAGCCGCCACUCCAAAGAGACAGCCUGGAAGGUGCCUCCGUGCCUCUCUCCCAGACCUCCAGUAUCCGGGCCACCCCCUCUGGGCGGCCGACCCCAGUCCCACCUGGCUCACAGACACGCCGGAAGAAGGCCCGAAUGGGCUUCUGAGUGUCUGGCUGGCUGUUGCUCCACUUUGGAGACCCCCUGCUGCACCAGCCAUGCCUGCUGCAGACCUUUCUCUGAAGGUCUCUCUGACUCUGGAAACAUGUAGGAGCUUCUGGAGCCAGGCUGAGGAGUGGCCCAGCACAGCAGGGUAGUCCUUUCUCCCAUGGAGAAGAUGCCUCUGAAAGGCAUGGUGGCUGGGCCCUAGCUGUCCUGGUCUCAAGUUGGUGUCAGACUGUGUUGAAAGCGGGGGCUCGAGUCAGGCUACAGGGUCACCAUGGAGCCUUUGGGGUGUCAUGGUGCCAGGGGCUUGAUGGCAGUAGCUGCUGCUGCUUGUGUUUAAGGAAUCGGACCAGGGUCUAAUGUUUUGUAGAGCUGUUUUGAACUCACAUUAAGGGAUUAAAUACACAUCAGGUGAAUGUA